CUGAGUUUUAUCCCAGAGAUGGGAAUGAAAUGAGCAACAGAGAGCCAUGACAUGGGCUCACGUGGAAACAGGGUAUCUCAGGAGCAGGGCAGUCAAAUGCUUUUGCUCCUGCCUAGUCUCAUUGAGUGGGAAUGGGAAUCUUGUCUGUCAGGGGUAUUGAGUGAUAGUCCUGGGUUUUCUUACAAGAGAGUGGAGCUGUGGUGGUCAGAGUGUUGGGCAGCAAGAGGUUAGGAGCACUGAGUUUGACUUCUUGGUCUGCUGUGGCUGGCUGUUCUCUUGGGCAAGUCUGUUUCACUCUCUCUGCCUGUCUUCUUCCUGCGUAACAUAAUGCUGAUGUCCCCUCACUGCAUCUGGGUCCUUAGUGCUGAGCUAGGGUGGAGGGACAGGCAAAAUUGUCCCUGCUGGUGGGGUCAGACUGGCAAUGAAGAGUUGUUUUCAGCUGUAUUUGCUUGGUUGCAGAUGCACAGGCUUUAUUUAUGUCCUGUGCUCUGGGUGGAUGAUAAUGAGCCAUUUUGGAGGUGCUCUGGGUUUGUAGUCAGUCGCUUGGUUGGUUUUUCUUGCAUGGAGGAGUACUGGGGCAGGAGGUGUUUGAGGUGGACCUAAGCCUGUGGGAACAGCAGGCAUCUUUUUCCCCUGAACAUAAAUUGUGAUUUGGGCACAUAGCUCAAAAGUGGGGAGAAGUUGCUCAAGUCAGAGAGGGGAGGUGAAGGAACUGUCACAGUGUUAGACUGAGUCAGUUCCCUGUUGCAGUCUCUUUGGGUUUAAUGUUCUUUUUGUGUGUGUGUCUGUUUGUCUUUCUUCUUCUCCAUUUCCCUUCCCUUUCCCCUUCUUCCCCACUGUGCCCAGCUAGGAUGGAAGAAUCUCAUUUCAACUCCUCCCCGUACUUCUGGCCAGCAGUGCCCACUGUCUCGGGACAGAUUGAGAACACCAUGUUUAUUAACAAGAUGAAGGAGCAGCUCUUGCCCACAGAGAAGGGCUGCAGCCUGGCUCCCCCCCACUACCCUGCCUUGCUGACAGUACCCACCUCUGUGGCCCUGUCCACUGGCAUCACCAUGGACUCAGACACCAAGCCGGAGCAGCUGACACCACACAGCCAAGCCCCUGUGACUCAGAACAUCACCGUGGUACCAGUGCAGUCUGCUGGACUCAUGACAGCAGGUCCAGGUCUGGUGAUUACUUCCCCAUCAGGUUCCCUGGUGACCACAGCCACCUCUGCCCAAACCUUUCCCAUCUCAGCUCCCAUGAUUGUCUCUGCGCUCCCCCCUGGCUCCCAGGCAGCCCUCCAGGUGGUUCCUGACCUGUCAAAGAAGGGGGCAGCCGCCCUGUCGGAAGGGGCCGGGGGCGGCGGGGCCGGGGGAGUUGCCCCCAAACCGCCGCGGGGCCGCAAGAAGAAACGAUUGCAGGAGUCAGGGCUGCCCGAGAUGAGCGACCCCUUUGUGCUGUCCAACGUGGAGGAGGAGGACCAGCACAAGGAUGGCAAGACAUACAGUUCCGUGAGCAGCGGAACUAAUGAAGCCUGGUUCCCAGCGGCUCUCUCCUGUGUGGAUUCUCUGAUGUCUAAUCAAGGGUGCCGGAUGUGUUCGCUGACCUUCUACUCCAAGUCGGAGAUGCAGAUCCACUCCAAGUCCCACACGGAGACAAAGCCACACAAGUGUCCUCACUGCUCCAAGAGCUUCGCCAACAGCUCCUACCUGGCCCAGCACAUUCGCAUCCACUCGGGGGCCAAGCCCUACACCUGCAGCUACUGCCAGAAGGCCUUCCGCCAGCUCUCGCACCUGCAGCAGCACACACGGAUCCACUCCAAGCUCCACACGGCGAUUGUCAAGCCGCACAAGUGUCCUCACUGCUCCAAGAGCUUCGCCAACACAUCCUACCUGGCCCAGCACCUCCGCAUCCACUCGGGGGCCAAGCCCUACACCUGCCGCUACUGCCAGAAGGCCUUCCGCCAGCUCUCCCACCUGCAGCAGCACACACGUAUCCACACUGGGGACCGACCCUACAAAUGUGCUCACCCUGGGUGUGAAAAGGCUUUCACCCAGCUUUCCAACCUGCAGUCCCACAGGCGGCAGCACAACAAAGACAAACCCUUCAAGUGCCACAACUGCCACCGUGCAUACACAGAUGCUGCCUCCCUGGAGGUGCACCUGGCCACGCACACAGUGAAGCACGCCAAGGUCUACACCUGCUCCAUCUGCAGCCGGGCCUACACCUCGGAGACCUACUUGAUGAAGCACAUGAGGAAACACAACAUCCCUGACCCGCAGCAGCAGGUGGUUCAGGCGCAAGCCCAGGCCUCGCAGCAGCAGCAGCAGCAGCAGCAGCACUUCCAGCCGCAGGGCGGGGGGGCGGCAGGAGGCCCUUCUGGAGACACUAACCAACCCAACCCUCCCCCCCAGUGCUCCUUUGACCUGACACCUUACAAGACUUCAGAGCAUCACAAGGACAUCUGCCUCACUGUCAGCACCAGCGCCAUCCAAGUGGAGCACCUCUCCAGCUCCUAGAGAGACCUCAGCCCAGGGAGCAGAAAGCCUCUCGUGCACAGCCUGCGCCCAGGGGCACUGCCUGUGCAGCAGCCCCCUUCGUGCAACAGUCUCUGGCCUCUCCUCCUGCACCGGUCUCCUCUGGCCAUGUAACCCUGUUCAUGGCAGCCCCUUGAACAACAGCCUAUCUCAAGUGGGUGCUCCUUCUGUGCAACAGCCUGCCUGGUAGGAGGAUGCUUCCUUGUGCAAGAGCCCCUUUCCAGUGCUGAGAUCAUUUCCUCAUGCAAGAUCCCCUCCUUUCAAACCCAAAGAAAGGCCUCUGUUCUGCCUUCUUUCUCACUCUAGAAUGCCUGUGAAGGGGGGGGAGGGGGAGGGCGUGCUGAGACCUGCAGAGUGGAUGGGAUGGAGAGACAGUCCUUGUACAUACAGGGGCUUGGACACGUCUUCAGCAGGCCACGGAAGAAUGUGGCAGGGUUCACAGCUGGAUGGGGUUCUUUGAGGAUUUCAUUGAGUGUCUAAGAGAGAAAGACCCAUUCCUGUCUCUCCUGCUUUUGAAAGGGAGGAAGGGCUGCUCGUCCUGCCCCAAGGACUGAAUGGGAGAAACCUUCUCCCCAGUGGAAGGUGAGACCAGUGUAGGAGGGGGAGGUGAGGCGUGCUCCCUGGGCCGGGCAGGUGCCUAUGCUGCCCAAGGGCUGUGGAGUGCUGCACUCUUUCUCCUCCCUCAGAGGAGAGCAAUAGAGAGGGCUCUGUCUGAACUGCCUCUCUCUCCCAGCUGUCUGUGCAGCGUGAUGGCCAAGGCCCAUAGGAAUGUGGGUUCUCCUGCUCAUUGCUCUUCCUGCCCGUUGUGGAUGAUGUCCUAGCAGCUUGUACUCCUCCUCCUCUCCCUCCUGCUUCCCCACCCACUUCCACAGAAAAGCGUGCAGGCAUCAACAACAAACCAAAAAGCAACUGGAGGGAGGGUAAGAGACUGCCAAAAUAAUCAUCCCCCUUCUCUUUCCUCCCUUUCCUGAAAGGCGGAACAACAGCAGUUCUGACUCUCACACCUGUCCUGCCCCCCUGUUUCCCAAAGGGAAGGAGGAGGAGGAGGAGGAACAGACCAGUCUCUUCAAAGAGCUGGCAGGAGGCAGGGAAGGGCUAGCUUCUUCUGCUCACCUCCUACAGGAGUGCUCUCCCAGGCUCCCUCUUGCCAAGACGGGCUGGACUCACGUGGCAGUGGUGGCCUCUUGUGGACCCUGGUCAUGGGACAGAAUCCCCAAAAGGUGGACAGUGGAGAGAAGGGGAUGAAGAUCCCCACAGAGAGACCAAUCUAAGGAGAAGGGGGAGCCAACAAGAAUAAACUGAAGGCCCCUUGAAUUUAUAUAUAUAUAUAUAUAUAAAUAUCUAUUCCCCCCCAGCCCACUCUGUCCUUGCUGUAACUGUUUCUAUCUUGGUGUUUAUAAAACGCAUUAUCCUGGAGAAGUUUUAUUUUCAACCUUUGUUUGUUUUUCCCUUUCUCUUGGUCUUCAAUUCUCUUUUCCCCACCACCCCACCCUCUUUUUUUUUUUUUUUUCCUUUUUUAUUAUUAUUAUUUUUAUUAUUAUUAUUAUUAUUAUUAUUAUUGGUCCACAUGACUGCUGGUCUUGUGUGUCACUCGUUAGUUUCUUUGGAUCACGGAGGCUGGCUCGGAAGAGAAUGAGAAGGCAAGGGAAAAAGCAUGUGUUGUUGGGAUUUAAAAUCAGAUCACCCACCCAGAGCCUGUAGAAUCACAGACUGCUGUGUGAACAACCAA